AUCAUUUAUAUUGUUUCUGUUUUGAAAGAAAAUUGAAAGUUUUCAAGGGAUGAACAAGGCUACAGUUAUCAGAAGGUCUUUAUAGUGUAAACACAAUCGCAAAGAGUUUCAAAUCUAUUUAAGAAUUUGAAAAGUGACAAAAAUGUUCUCAUUCCCUUUGACUUGACUUGAGUCGUUUAGUAGUAAAUAUAGAUGUGUGUAACGCUUGCCGACGGGUACUAUUCGAAAGACUGAAAACGGCAACGAUAAUCAAUAAAUUGCGGGAGAAUCGAGUGGAGUGAAUCAACAUGGCAACGCCUCCUGACAGUCCAAUUGAAGAGGAAGUCGUUCUGUUCGAGUUAGAACCAUCAGCUCGUACACCGAAACCAAUUCCAGUUGCCUUAGAGGAUCUAUGUCGGCUCACAAAAUUCACACGUCAAGAGAUUCGUGUGAUGUACCGCGGAUUCAAAACGGAAUGUCCGGAAGGUAUUGUACAUGAAGACUGUUUCAAAGAUAUUUAUGCGAAAUUCUUCCCACAUGGAAAUUCAAGUAUUUAUGCACAUUACGUGU